AUGACCGGCACCAUGAGAGCCCUCGUCUCCCAAGGCGACAAGACCGCCAAGGUCCAAGAGGUCCCGAAGCCGCAGCCCGGUCCCGGCGAGAUCCUCAUCAAGGUCUCCGUCGUGGCCCAGAACCCGACCGACUGGAAGUCCACCGCCGCCGCCCCGGCUGGCCGCAUCGUCGGCUGCGACUUCGCCGGCACAGUCGCGGACCCCAACGGCGCGCCCUUCCGCGAGGGCCAGCGCGUCGCCGGCUGGGUCCACGGCCUGUGGGAGAACCCCCCGCGCGGCGCCUUCGCCGAGUACCUCGUCACCGAGAGCACGCUCGUCUUCCCCGUCCCCGACGCCCUCACCGACGCCGAGGCCGCCGUCAUCUCCCUGGCCUUCGCCACCGCCGUCCAGGCCCUGUUCCAGCGCCUCCGCCUCCCCGAGCCCAAGCCCGACGGGACCCCCGCCGUCGCCGCCGCCACCGCCGACGAGCGCAUCCCCCUGCUCAUCAACGGGGCCACCAGCAGCGUGGGCAUGUACGCGGUCCAGCUCGCCAAGAUGGCCGGCCUCCGCGUCAUCGCGACCGGCAGCAAGAAGAAUCACGCGCUGCUCAAGCGCCUCGGCGCCGACGUCACCAUCGACUACCGCGACGCGAACUGGGUCGAGCUGCUAAGGGCCGCGGCGGGCAACAACCUCCGCCACGCGUUCGACACUAUCAGCGAGGUCGAGACCACAAAGGCCGUCGUCCGGGCCGUCUCGCCCGGCGGCCACGUCGUGUGCAUCCUGCCGCGCAAGGCCGACGAGGUCGGCGCCCCCGAGGGCGUCCGGGUAGAGAGCACGCUCGCGUACACCGUCUUCGGCCGCCACGUCAAGUACGGCUCUUACGACAACACGGACGGGCCGAGGCCCGAGGACAAGGCGUUCUGGGAGAAGUACCUCACGCUCCUGCCCAAGUGGCUGGAGGAGGGCAAGAUCAAGCCAAACCCGCAGAGGGAGCUCGGCGGGCUGGAGGACACCCCGAAGGGCUUCGAGCUGCAGGCCAAGGGCGGCGUGAGUGCCGAGAAACUGGUCUACAGGAUUUCCCAGUGA